CAGCCCACCGGCAGCUGCCCCUAUUGCUGCGCCCGCGGCCUCGCCCACAGCUUCACCGACAGCUGCGCCAGCGGCUGCCCCGACGGCACCGCCCACAGCUUCGCCGCGGCAGCGCCGCCUACGUUUCACCAGCAGCUGCACCCCGGCUGUUCCGACGGCAUCGCCCGCGGCAUCGCCUACAGCAGCGCCGUCGGCUUCGCUUGCGCCGUCACCGACGGCCUCACCGUCACCUGUUCCCACAGCUUCACCGACAGCUGCACCAACGGCUGCUCCGUCGGCACAGCCCACGGCAUCGCCUUCAGCAGCGCCGACGACUUCGCCUACACCGUCAGCGACAGCCUAACCGACACCUGCUCCACCGCUUCACCGACA